AUGAUUCUUACCCCAUUGUGCUUCCGUCUUCUUCCUCGAGAUUCUCCUACGGACCGAAAACCCGUAACCUUGAGUGACCCUUUCCUUCUCUUUCAUCCUAUUUCGUUAGAUCCUUAUUCGGUCGCCCAGUCAGUGAAAGUAAACACGCCAACACACCAUCUACGGUCAACGGCCAUUUCUCCCUUUCUUACCCUACAGGACCCCUAG